GCAGCCAGAUUGUAGCAGAAAUGGGAACAUCAGCAAAAGAAAAAAUCUAUGAUUUUUCGGACAAAGAGCGGUAAAUUUUAAAGGAGUUGGAGGAGAUGCAGGGCAAGCUCACAGAAAUUGGACGUUCCCUAGAGAUACCGGAUUUGAGGGAAGAUACUUUUGCCUUGAACAUAACGUUCGACCUCAUUACCAAACAUAGCAGAACUCUCCAAGACCUGUACACCGGAGUAAACGGAAUCACGAGAGAAGCUUGUAAAUGCGACGAGUUCGUUAGGGUGAAGUUUUAUGACUUCACAUAUCACAGCUUAAGGGCUGUUCAUAAUGAUUUGAUUGCACGUGUUGCGGAACUACAAUCAGAAGAAAAGAAAAUGACAGAGACGGAAAAAAUAAAACUGAAAUGUCUGGUGUCGUACCGAAACGGCAGAGAAAGAGAAAUCGUGCAACUGGAGAAACUGUGGAAACGACUUUUCUCCCCGGUUGAUGAAUUGAAGAAGUCUCAAUCAGCCCUACCUUCGCAGAGACAAACUCAGACGCCACCUCAGAACCCCAGAGCAUAUUCAGAAGGGGCUCGGCCAAAAGAGUUAAUAACAAAGUCAAGGAUCCCCAGGAUAAAGAAGAAAAGACAAGACAAAGAAUCCUGUGUCCUUACGUCUUACAAAACAGAUAAUGACAGAAAUCAAGAUAAAGAAUAUAAGGACGAGUAAUAUUGACUCAGGACGAGAAAUAAUGACUCGGGACGAGAAAUAAUGACCCGGCUGUCGUCGUUGAUCUGAGAUGCUUUCAUUUUCUUACACUCUGGAGAUAGGUUUUCACUUGAUAGACAUAUUCUCUUGUGGUUAGUUCUACUUCACCUGUAGGCUGGUUGACUUUGUGUUCAAUAAGUGACACAGGAUGAAAUGACUAAAUUAAGUUUCCUUAAAGGCAACUUAAAGGUUAACAUUAGAAGUAUUUAAGUCAUCUUUAGGUGACAUACAAAAGUUCUGAAACGUAUCUUUAAUUGAACUUUCCGAAGUCAAUUAAAGUGUCCUUAUCAACCAUUUAGUUAACACUUUAAGGUCACAUGAAAGGAAACCUAAAUAACCAUUUCAUGAACACUUUAAGAUCACAUGAAUGCAAACCUAAAUAACCAUUUAAUUGAUUUUAGGAAUCCUCUUAAUUCUUGUAAACUCAACUUUAGUCACCCAAAACUUCUACUUGUAAAUGCAUCUUAGAGGUUUCUUCAAUCUUUUGUUUCUCUUUAAGUACUGCUUAAAGUUACAGGUUUUGUUGUAAUUCAUCUUUAGUUGUACUUUCAGAUUCUCUUAAAUUUCAAGUUUUGUUAACAUUCAUCAUUAAGUGACCUUUAAGUGCCUCUAAAAGCUGCAGGUUUCACUUUCAACUGACUUUUGAUUUGCUUAAUCACACCCACAUUUAUAUCCCAAUAACUUAUGAUAUUUUGGGCAACCUUACAAUUGAUAGAAAAAGAAGCAUCACACAUUCAAGUAAUAACAAAGUGUUUGAAAUUGCAGUGAUGAAAUAGUUUCGUUCAAAACUCAUUUGUUCCCCUGAGAUAACAUAAACCUACAAUGAAGCUGAGGAUAUCCCAGUCGAGCCCCAUACAUAAUUAAAAAAAGAGAUGUCCAAAUGUUUGAAUUACUGAUUGACAUACUUUAUUAAAAUUGUUUCACU